UUGGUGGUUGUGUGGUUUUUCUACUUCCUGAUCACACGUCGGAACCCGCCCAAAGACACCCUGUUUUAUGGUAUGUUAUUGGUCACUAUUUCAUGAUGAUGAUGAUGUUAUUUCCAACUUGAAUUAGCCAUGCAAUAUGGGUGAUUAUUAGUUUAACAAAGCACCAAUGCAUUUAAACACAGAUCCCCUCUGUGUAAAAUGGUUGAGUAAGUUAUAGUGUCAUGAGUCAUGACCACUACGUAUGUAGUCAAAUUCCAACUGCACUGAAGAGAUUUCCAGAAGGUUCUGCAUGUGAGUCAUGUGAAUUGUUUUAAUUGUUUCAUUAUUUAAUCUACAAACCUGCUUAUACUGAUCAGGAUCUCCUUACACAGAGCAAAGCUGAAACCCAGACUGACAUAUACGUGUCAUGGGUGACGACAAGGGCAUGUUAGUCUCAUCCUUAUGACACCACAGUUCUAGGAGAGCCAGAAAGACCUGGAGCUUGAGGGUAAGGGCACGUGAGCUCACUACGCCCUUUAUACAUUAGAUGCCUUACUUCUUGCUGAACUUACAGACUGACUGAACUUAUUGACUGCGGAUGACUGUUCCAUAUGGGAUGAAGAGCAGUAAUGACACGUCAUUACCAAAUAAGAAGACAAAAAACAACAUAUAGAUUGAUACAUCGGCCACAGGUACUUGGAGAGUGACGGCGUGUGUGUCUCUAUCUGUGUGUUUAUCAGGGGACAGCAGCAUCGUCAGGGAGAUGGGGAGGGAUGCAAGACGGCUGUCUGACACACAGGUGCCAUUACAAGGACGUUUGACGUUAUACGGGACAGCCAAUCCUUGUAAUACAGCUAAUAUGGAUUGUGCACCCUAUUCCAUUUCAUGAAAACAUGAGUUCAUGGAACUCUUUAUAAGCCUGUAAAAUGUCCUGUAAAGGUACAUCGCCUGGCUGUAAACUGUGAUCAGAAUGAGUUAACACUCAUAAGAUAUCCACAGUAUACAGUAAAUGUACAAAUACACUUUGUCUGGCUCUAAAAGUCUAUAUAUAAAUUAAUGGUAGUAAUGGCUACUGACUGACUGUGCGGGCAGUUCCUUUAAUCCUUGAGAUUACCCGUGCGUCAAUCUAUACUGAACAAAAAUAUAAACGCAACGUGCUGGUGUUGGUGCCAUGUUUCAUGAGCUGAAAUAAAAUAUCCUAGAAAUGUUCCAUACACACAAAAGGCUUAUAAUAAUAAUAAACAAAUAUGUUUACAUCCCUGUUAGUGAGCAUUUCUCCUUUGCCAAGAUAAUCCAUCCACCUGAUAGGUGUGGCAUAUCAAGAAGCUGAUUAAACAGCAUGAUCAUUACACAGGUGCACCUUGUGCUGGGGACAAUAAAAGGCCACUCUAAAAUGUGCAGUUUUGUCACACAACACAAUGCCACAGAAGUCUCAAGUUUUGAGGGAGUGUACAAUUGGCAUGCUGACUGCAGGAAUAUCCACCAGAGAAUGUAAUGUUAAUUUCUCAACCAUAAGCCGCCUCCAACGUCAUUUUAGAGAAUUUGGCAGUACGUCCAACCGGCCUCACAACCGCACACCACGUGUAACCAUGCCAGCCCAGGACCUCCACAUCCGGCUUCUUCACCUGCUGGAUCGUCUGAGACCAGCCACCCGGACAGCUGAUGAAACUGAGGAGUAUUUCUGUCUGUAAUAAAGCCCUUUUGUGGGGAAGAACUCAUUCUGAUUGGCUGGGCCUGGCUCCCAAGUGGGUGGGCUUGUGCCCCACCCAUGGCUGUGCCCCUGCCCAGUCAUGUGAAAUCCAUAGAUUAGGGCCUAAUUCAUUUAUUUCAAUUGACUGAUUUCCUUAUAUGAACUGUAACUCAGUAAAAUCAUUGAAAUUGUAGCAUGUUGUGUUUUUAUAUUUUUGUUCAGUAUAAGUAACAUCCACCGCAUCCGCCUAUGUCAGCCUUCCGCAUCUGCGGUGGAAGGUGGCCAAGCUACAGUGGUGUUUGUCAGACCAUGAGACAUCCCGACAAUAGGUCUUCUCACGAAAAUGUCUGUAGCGUCCAAACGGUUUGGCCUACAAACUAAUAUGACCACUCUAUUGAAAGAUGAGACUCUCACACAAGUCUCACGGGUCUGAAGGUAACCAGAACCUGUUUUAAAAAAUGGAUGGAAGUAUGGAGGUAGUUUUGUGCCAACAAAAAAAAGGGUUAAAUAUGUGUCCAAAAAACAAACAUAUUUCCUUAGCUUUCUUAUGUCUCCUAGAUAUAGGAAAGUCACUUCAAAACCUUAUUCCUUAUGAUUUAUUUUUUGACUGUCGGUUUUGCCAUUUAUAAAUGUGUUAUUAAAUGCGUUUAUAUGGGCUAUAAUAGUAAAGGCCAAAUGCAAUAUUUUAUCAAAUCAUUUAAAAAUAUACACUACUGGUCAAACGUUUUAGAACACCUACUCAUUCAAGGGUUUUUCUUUAUUUUGACUAUUUUCUACAUUGUAGAAUAAUAGUGAAGACAUCAAAACUAUGAAAUAACACAUAUGGAAUCAUGUAGUAACCAAAAAAGUGUUAAACAAAUCAAAAUAUAUUUUAUACUUGACAUUCUUCAAAUAGCCACCCUUUGCUUUGAUGACCGCUUUGCACACUCUUGGCAUUCUCUCAACCAGCUUCAUGAGGUAGUUACCUGGAAUGCAUUUCAAUUUUCCCACCGUAAAGCAUGGAGGAGGAGGUGUUAUGGUGUGGGGGUGCUUUCCUGGUGACACUGUCUGUGAUUAACCAGCAUGGCUACCACAGCAUUCUGCAGCAAUACGCCAUCCCAUCUGGUUUAGGCUUAGUGGGACUAUCAUUUGUUUUUCAACAGGACAAUGACCCAACACACCUCCAGGCUGUGUAAGGGCUAUUUUACCAAGAAGGAGAGUGAUGGAGUGCUGCAUCAGAUGACCUGGCCUCCACAAUCCCCCGACCUCAACCAAAUUGAGAUGGUUUGGGAUGUCUCGGACCGCAGAGUGAAGGAAAAGCAGCCAACAAGUGCUCAGCAAAUGUGGGAACUCCUUCAAGACUGUUGGAAAAGCAUUCUAGGUGAAGCUGGUUGAGAGAAUGCCAAGAGUGUGCAAAGCUGUCAUCAAGGCAAAGGGUGGCUAUUUGAAGAAUCUCAAAUAUAAAAUAUAUUUUGAUUUGUUUAACACUUUUUUGGUUACUACAUGAUUCCAUAUGUGUUAUUUCAUAGUUCUGAUGUCUUCACAAUUAUUCUACAAUGUAGAAAAUAGUAAAAAUAAAGAAAAACCCUUGAAUGAGUAGGUGAUCUAAAACUUUGAUCAGUAGUGUAUAUUUUUGAUACCUACAGGGGUCCUAAAAUUCUAAAUGAAAUAGCUAAAUGAUCCAUGGUAUGACCAUCUUAAAUCAACCCCCCCCCCCCCCCCCCCCGCACAUUACCAGCCACUUUAACUGAGCUCCUUUCCUUGGCUAUCUCCAGUCCUCUUGAUCCACCGCCACUCAUUAUGUGUCUCCCAGACUCUGAGAUAGGUGCCCUCUCAGCACCAUGUGUUCUAAACCCGAGGAAAACUCAACCCACAUCUCCCAAUAUAAAUCUCCCUUCACCCAGCCUACAGCUAGCAGACAUAAUUAUUUCUCUCCACAUCCCAGGAAAUCAAUAGCUGGUUGGUUGGUUGGAGGGAAAUGUUUUAAACACAGAAGGAUGGUGAGAGAGAGGGAGUGUGGAAGAAAACGAGUUGUAGUGGUUAACUAACUGUUCAUGAGAGAAAAGGAGGUUGAGCUUCUCACAAAUCCAGUCUUGUUCAAAGCGUCUUUAUAAGCAGUAAUAUUGUUCUGACAGUUUUAUUAAAUGUUUUAAGAGGAAGACAAAGCAGAUUGGGUAAUAAUUACAUGGAGGAAGGAGCUUUCUCUUUAUCAUAAAUACAAUGAGGAUAAUGAUCAUUGUUCCUACAGCUACAGAAUUCUGUUGGAAUCUGCUGAAUUCCACAACAAAUUGAAUGAGGGCCUUUUUUAGAGCUGAAUAUGCUCACAAAUGCAAUCCAUGUAGCUAAUCACUACAAAGAAAGUUGAACAGACCAACAGCCACGCAUUAAUCCAAGUUAUUUUCAGUUGUGUAAUUGAGGUUUUCAACAUAAACAUUAUAUAAUGCUGUAUUGCUUCAUUAUUGCCCACUUUCACAAUAUUAAUCUUCCACAGUACUCAAUGUUAGCAUUGUCUUUACAGUGUUUGCUGAGUUCUCCUUCACUUGUGUCAUUGACCUUGUGAGUUCUUUGGAACAUGACAGCUUUAUCUCUGGGUUUAUGGAAUUCUGACAUCUUUGUGUGACCACAUUUACAUCCACACACCAUCUCACUGCUGGGCCAUUGAUUUGAAGCUGUAUGCUGCCACUAGUUUACAGUGAUGGGAGUAACCCCUUUGGGCCAUUUAUUUCCCUCUCUCAGUAAGUCUUACCGCACCCUCGGUCUCUUCUGGGCUGGAUCGUUGUUUGCCAACAGGAGUGUCUUUGUGACAGGAAUUGUUGUAGGUGAGUCUCUCCUUUCCCCUCCUGUAUCCCACAAUGACCGAGUUAAUCAACGGUACAUCUGUACAGCGUUGUAGCAUCAGUGUCAUAGUGUAGGCUGCCAACACAACACACCUUUAGAAUUUACAGAACAAAGCAAAACUAGUCUCAAAUCAAAUCAAAUUGUAUUUGUCACAUGCGCCGAAUACAACAGGUGUAGACCUUAUAGUGAAAGCCCUUAACCAACAAUGCAGUUUUAAGAAAGAAUACCAAAAUAAAUCACACAAAAAAAAACAAUAUAAAAUAACAUAAAAAUAAAAGUAACAAAUAAUUAAAGAGCAGCAGUAAAAAUAACAGUAGGGAGGCUAUAUACAGGGGGUACCGGUACCGAGUCAACCGGUGCGGGGGCACCGGUUAGUCGAGGUAAUUGACAGAGACUGAUGUGGUGUACUCCUCAAUGCCAUCGGAAGAAUCCCGGAACAUAUUCCAGUCUGUGCUAGCAAAACAGUCCUGUAGCUUAGCAUCUGCUUCAUCUGACCACUUUUUUAUUGACCGAGUCACUGGUGCUUCCUGCUUUAGUUUUACCUUGUAAGCAGAAAUCCGGAGGAUAGAAUUAUGGUCAGAUUUGCCAAAUGGAGGGCGAGGGAGAGCUUUGUACGCGUCUCUGUGUGUGGAGUAAAGGUGGUCUAACGUUUUUUUCCCUCCUGCCAUCCAGGACCUCUAUACCAGGCGGUGUCAGAGGAAGGCCGUCAAAAUUGUCAAAGUCUCCAGCCACCCUAGUCAUAGACUGUUCUCUCUGCUACCGCACGGCAAGCGGUACCGGAGUGCCAAGCUCUCUGCAGGUCAUUCACUAGGUCCCCCCGUGUGGUUCUGGGAUUUUUGCUCACUGUUCUUGUGAUCAUUUUGACCCCACGGGGUGAGAUCUUGCGUGGAGCCCCAAAUCGAGGGAGAUUAUCAGUGGUCUUGUAUGUCUUCCAUUUCCUAAUAAUUGCUCCCACAGUUGAUUUCUUAAAACCAAGCUGCUUACCUAUUGCAGAUUCAGUCUUCCCAGCCUGGUGCAGGUCUACAAUUUUGUUUCUGGUGUCCUUUGACAGCUCUUUGGUCUUGGCCAUAGUGGAGUUUGGAGUGUGACUGUUUGAGGUUGUGGACAGGUGUCUUUUAUACUGAUAACAAGUUCAAACAGGUGCCAUUAAUACAGGUAAUGAGUGGAGGACAGAGGAGCCUCUUAAAGAUGAAGUUACAGGUCUGUGAGAGCCAGAAACCUUGCUUGUUUGUAGGUGACCAAAUACUUAUUUUCCACCAUAAUUUGCUAAUAAAUUCAUUAAAAAUCCUACAAUGUGAUUUUCUGGAUUUUUUUUCUCUCAAUUUGUCUGUCAUAGUUGACGUGUACCUAUGAUGAAAAUUACAGGCCUCUCUCAUCUUUUUAAGUGGGAGAACUUGCACAAUUGGUGGCUGACUAAAUACUUUUUUCCCCCACUGUAUUACCUCAACUACCUCAACUAGCCGGUGCCCCCGCACAUUGACUCUGCACCGGUACCCCCCUGUAUAUAUAGCCUCCCUACUGUUCUUUUAUUUUAUUUUACUUCUGCUCUUUUUUUCUCAACACUUUUUUGUUGUUGUUGUUGUUUUAUUUUACUUUUUUAUAAAAAAAAUAAUGCAUUGUUGGUUAAGGGCUAUAAGUAAGCAUUUCACUGUAAUGUCACCUGUUGUAUUCGGCACAUGUGGCCAAUAAAAUUUGAUUUGAUUUGAUAACAUGCUGGUAGAAAUUAGGUAAAACAGAUUUAAGUUCCCUGCAUUAAAGUCCCCUGCCACUAUAAGCGCCGGCGCUGGAUGAGUGUUUACCUGUUUGCUUAUGGUCGUAUACAGCUCAUUGAGUGUGAUCUUAGUGCCAGCAUCAGUUUGUGGUGGUAAAUAGACAGCUACGAAGAAUAUAGAUGAAAACUCUCUUGGUAGAUAGUGUGGUCUUCAGCUUAUCAUGAGAUACUCUACCUCAGGCAAGCAAAACCUUGAGACUUCCUUAGAUAUCGUGCACCAGCUGUUGUUUACAAAUAUACAUAGACCUCCACCCCUUGUCUUACCAAAGGCUGCUGUUUUAUCCUGCCGAUACAGUGUAUAACCCGCCAGCUGUAUGUUAUUCAUGUCUUCGUUCAGCCACGACUCUGUGAAACAUAAGAUAUUACAGUUUUUAAUGUCCCGUUGGUAGGAUAUAAGUGCUUGUAGUUCGUCCACUUUAUUAUCAAGCGAUUGUAAAUUGGCCAAUAGUAUCGAUGGCAAAGGCAGAUUAGCCACUCGUCACCGGCUCCUUACCAGGCACCCCGAUCUCCUUCCGUGAUAUCUCCGUCAUUCGCAGUAGAAAGAAAAGGAGAUAAGGGCCCUGUCGGGUGUCUGGAGCAAAUCCCUCUCAUCCGACUCAUUAAAGAAAAAUUAUUUGUCCACUUCAAGGUGAGUAAUCGCUGUUCUGAUGUCCAGAAGCUAUUUUCUGUCACAAGAGACGGUAGCAGCAACAUUAUGUACAAAAUAAGUUACAAACAAUGCGAAAAAACACAAAAUAGCACGGUUGGUUAAGAGUCCAUAAAAAGGCAGCCAUCCCCUCCGGUGCCAACAAAGCAUCUGUUCUCUGGAUUUCAAACAGCAUAGGGAAGUAUCGGAGGAUCAAACUAACUCGCGGCAAUGUGUUCACAACAUUUUGUAUUUAAGUUGUAUAUUUGUUCAAUGAUGCCCUACUGAGGACUUAUUUAGAACAUUAUUUAAGUUCAUUACAAGCUGUGUAUAAUAGAGCCUCCAAGUUAUGAAAAUGUGGUCUCCUCUUUUGGCUAAGGUCUCCUCUAUUUCUCAUGUAAACGUCAUGGAAAUGUGUCAACUUUAACAUGGUUAAAAUUAGACUGCUCUACUCUACUUCAGAUGUACCCAGUUCCUCCUCAUAUAGUGCCUUGCAAAAGUAUUCCUCCCCCUUGGCAUUUUUCCUAUUUUGUUGCAUUACAACCUGUAAUUUAAAUGGAUUUUUAUUUGUAUUUCAUGUAAUGGACAUACACAAAAUAGUCCAAAUUGGUGAAGUGAAAUGAAAAAAAUAACUUGUUUCAAAGAAUUCAAAAAAAUAAAUAACGGAAAAAUGGUGCGUGCAUAUGUAUUCACCCCCUUUGCUAUGAAGCCCCUAAAUACGAUCUGGUGCAACCAAUUACCUUCAGAAGUCACAUAAUGAGUUAAAUAAAGUCCACCUGUGUGCAAUCUAAGAGUCACAUGAUCUGUCACAUGAUCUCAGUAUAUAUACACCUGUUCUGAAAGGCCCCAGAGUCUGCAACACCACUAAGCAAGGGGCACCACCAAGCAAGCGGCACCAUGAACACCAUGAAGGAGCUCUCCAAACAGGUCAGGGAUAAAGUUGUGGAGAAGUAUAGAUCAGGGUUGGGUUAUAAAAAAAUAUCCUAAACUUUGAACAUCCCACGGAGCACCAUUUAAAUCCAUUAUUAAAUAAUGGAAAUAAUAUGGCACCACAACAAACCUGUCAAGAGAGGGCCGCCCACCAAAACUCACGAACCAGGCAAGGAGGGCAUUAAUCAGAGAGGCAACAGAGACCAACGAUAACCCUGAAGGAGCUGCAAAGCUCCACAGCGGAGAUUGGAGUAUCUGUCCAUAGGACCACUUUAAGCCGUACACAGAGCUGGGCUUUACGGAAGAGUGGCCAGAAAAAAGCCAUCACUUAAAGAAAAAAAUAAGCAAACACGUUUGGUGUUCACCAAAAGGCAUGUGGGAGACUCCCCUAUUGCUUCCUAUAUGGGGAGCGAUCAAGCUGUUCAACAUGCCCAAGAGCGGACCCACCCUCAGUGGAUACAGGGUGAGAUGGAGAAUGGCACAGCUGAUUGACCUGGUGGAAUACCUCGGGCCAGGAGUUUUACCUGACCUUGUGUCCUCACCAGGAAAACUAGGGCUCAGAACAUAGAAAUAUAAUGAAUAGAAUGGGCGUCCCCAUAAUACCCAUAAAACCUAGCGGUCAAACAGGGAAAUGGUUCCAAUCGUUUUUCCACCAUUCAUUUUUCCUAAAGGGGAUUAAAGAAACACUUAAAAUAAGGGCUGUGUUUCAUGUAGGCUUACCCUGGCGUGACAUUUUGAUAACCACCAUGUAAAUCUCUCUCGGACAAGGUGACUUUAAUCAAUAUAUUCGGCUCUAUUUACUCUCAGAUUCUAAAAUGCUCAUUAGCAUCAAAGUAGACAUCAUGCAAGACUACAAAUCCCUGCCAUCUCAUGCAUGUCAUCUCUAGCUGGCAUCUUUCCUAACAGGUACUUUUAAAGACAUUUUGACUAUUUAUUCAUUACUACAUUUAGUUAACAAUAGAUAGUUAAUCCAGAGAUUCUUACCUUUGCCUCAAUUCGGCAGUCUUGUCCAGAUCAUCAUGGCAUUUGUAGUUCUUUAUCAUAGCCACAUUAGCAGCUAAUUAGCAUGUAAAAAAUGUUAUAAAUUGAUUUGCAUUUUAAUGAGGGAAAUAAGUAUUUGACCCCUCUGCAAAACAUGACUUAGUACUUGGUGGCAAAACCCUUGUUGGCAAUCACAGAGGUCAGACGUUUCUUGUAGUUGACCACCAGGUUUGCACACAUCUCAGGAGGGAUUUUGUCCCACUCCUCUUUGCAGAUCUUCUCCAAGUCAUUAAGGUUUCGAGGCUGACGUUUGGCAACUCGAACCUUCAGCUCCCUCCACAGAUUUUCUAUGGGAUUAAGGUCUGGAGACUGGCUAGGCCACUCCAGGACCUUAAUGUGCUUCUUCUUGAGCCACUCCUUUGUUGCCUUGGCCGUGUGUUUUGGGUCAUUGUCAUGCUGGAAUACCCAUCCACGACCCAUUUUCAAUGCCCUGGCUGAGGGAAAGAGGUUCUCACCCAAGAUUUGAUCAUUGCAACUCCACGAGGUGAGAUCUUGCAAGGAGCCCCAGGCCGAGGGAGAUUGACAGUUAUUUUGUGUUUUUCCAAUUGCGAAUAAUCGCACCAACAUCUGCCACACUGAUCCUCAACACGGGGGCCCCUCAGGGGUGCGUGCUCAGUCCCCUCCUGUACUCUCUGUUCACCCAUGACUGCAUGGCCAGGCACGACUCCAACACCAUCAUUAAGUUUGCCGACGACACAACAGUGGUAGGCCUGAUCACCGACAACGAUGAGACAGCCUAUAGGGAGGAGGUCAGAGAUCUGGCCGUGUGGUGCCAGGACAACAACCUCUCCCUCAACGUGACCAAGACAAAGGAGAUGAUUGUGGACUACAGGAAAAAAAAGAGGACUGAGCACGCCCCCAUUCUCAUCGACGGGGCUGUAGUGGAACAGGUUGAGAGCUUCAAGUUCCUUGGUGUCCACAUCACCAACGAACUAUCAUGGUCCAAACACACCAAGACAGUCGUGAAGAGGGCACGACAAAGCCUAUUCCCCCUCAGGAGACUAAAAAGAUUUGGCAUGGGUCCUCAGAUCCUCAAAAAAUUCUACAGCUGCACCAUCGAGAGCAUCCUGACUGGUUGCAUCACCGCCUGGUAUGGCAACUGCUUGGCCUCUGACCGCAAGGCACUACAGAGGGUAGUGCGUACGGCCCAGUACAUCACUGGGGCAAAGCUCCCUGCCAUCCAGGACCUCUAUACCAGGCGGUGUCAGAGGAAGGCCCUCAAAAUUGUCAAAGACUCCAGCCACCCUAGUCAUAGACUGUUCUCUCUGCUACCCGCACGGCAAGCGGUACCGGAGUGCCAAGUCUAGGUCCAAAAGACUUCUCAACAGCUUCUACCCCCAAGCCAUAAGACUCCUGAACAGCUAAUCAUGGCUACCCGGACUAUUUGCACUGCCCCCCCACCCCAUCCUUUUUACGCUGCUGCUAGAGUGUGCUCCUAAUCUCAGCUCGUUACCUGUAUAAAAGACACCUGGGAGCCAGAAAUCUUUCUGAUUGAGAGGGGGUCAAAUACUUAUUUCCCUAAUUAAAAUGCAAAUCAAUUUAUAACAUUUUUUACAUGCAUUUUUCAGGAAUUUUUUGUUGUUAUUCUGUCUCUCACUGUUCAAAUAAACCUUCCAUUAAAAUGAUAGACUGAUCAUUUCUUUGUCAGUGGGCAAACGUACAAAAUCAGCAGGGGAUCAAAUACUUUUUUCCCUCACUGUACAUGGCCUUCACUCUCUUCAGGGGCUUGGUGAGCCAGCAGGGCCUGAAUACACACUUAGAAAUUAACACUCAAAAAUAUUGGAAAUAAAAUAAAACAUCAGAAAUAAAGUGUUAUAUUAGGAUUAUUCUAGCGCACCAAUUUUAGCACAGUCUAAAGAGUCGAUGCAUAUAGAAGUGAUUCCCUCAUGUGCCAUCUGUCUUUGUAGUAGAUCAUCUAUGCAUCAUAAACUAAUCAUUAUGUGCAACAUCUUCUGCGCUGAUUCAAUCAUGUCAUAUAGGUGGUCUCAUUUGACACUUCCCUGGCAAAAAGCCAUUUGAAGAUGUACCUACUUAUUAGAUGUUUUAAUGUGAUUUUCAUUCAAUACUUGUUCUUUAUCACGUUCUCCUGUGACCAGACAUGGUUUAUAUUACAAUAACUGAUCCUACAGACGAGUAGUUUAUAAAGUACUCUUACCUAGAUGAUCAUGUUGUAACCUUCCUCGUGUGUGUGUGGGUAGCUCUUAACUCCCCUCUAGAGGCCUGUUCCGUCUACCUCUGCGAGUAUGAGCCCUAUCUGAAGGACCCGGUGGGCUACCCCAAGGUUAUUUUGGGUACUUUAGACACAGAGCAUGCCUCUCUGCAGUUCCAGUGGCAUUCCUUAAUAGUCGCUAACCCACUUCGUUUUAAAUAACAACGUAAUAGCCACUCCAUCCAGAGAUCACUUGGAGCUGCCUUGAAGCCUGCCCUAUCUCUCUCCUCUGUGUGUAUCUCACAACACAGAUUACAGAGCCGUUUUAAUCAUUACGCCACAAUGAGAGGGCUGAGAGGCCAGGCUGGUUCAUCGUCUCUCAUUUGUUAGGCAAGAGAGUGGUUGUGACUGGUCCGGUCUCAACGCCCGCCUGGGCUUACUUCAAACGCUGGGUGUUUUGUUUUGAUUUUAAUUAGGGUCCUUAACCGAGUCAAUAGGUUAUCUAAAUACCUUGUUGUUGCUCCAGUCCAGGCACAAUGGCCAAGCAUCGAUCAGGCAGGGAACUGCAUGCUGAGAACUUGAUAAACGAAUCCUCCUUCCCCUGAGCCCCCCAUGAGCAACACACUGGGUGGGAGGUGUGUGUGUGUAUGCGUGCGUGUGUGUAUACUCUAGCUAGCAUGUGUGUGCAAUGCAGGUGUGUGUGUGUGUGUGUGGAGGGGCGGUUUUCAUGGUGUUGCGCUGCCUUUGCAUUGAGCGACCUUUUUAAUCAUUGAUGGUGAUCAACCAUGGCAGACAGAUGACUGGGCGCAGCACACAGACACUCCUGCAAGGACGGAAGGGCAAUGUGUGAUUGGCUCUCAGCCUCUGUGCUCAAUUCAUUAGGAUUCAUCAGGACCACAGCCCUAGAACAAAAGCCACUGUUCAAAGGUAUAAUUUGAUGCCAUUACUUCAGCAGCUACCUGACUUUCAUGCUCCAAAUAUUCUCUGUUGAAGUGCAAGUGAGAGUCGAUGUAAUGACCUCUGUAUUUGGACACUACAAUUUGGUCCUCAGUGUGCGUUGUGAAAGCACUUCAAAUGUGUGUGUGUGUUGUCUAUGCAGCCGGCAGCAGUGUUAUCUGUAUUCUGUGUGAGUGCUUGGACUGCUGUAACGCUGUUAGCGCCCUAGCAAGGAUGAAGAUGUACUGCAUUAAUUGUCCAUUGGCGUGUCUAUAUUAAUUGUCCAUUGGAGUGUCAGAGCUGCACGGUGGGGCGGGCCGGUUGGAGUCAAACAGAGGUCUCUGAGACACUUGUACUGUGAUUUAAUCCUGUGAUGUAAUCCCUGUUGUAGAUUCUGCACCUCCUGUUCUACGUGCUGCCAAUGCUGGGGGCCUUUGUCUACGGACUCAUAGUGCCUGGCUGCACCUGGGUGCCUGAUUGGACUGUGUUCGUUGCUGGAGGCAUUGCCCAGGUAAGAUAUGGGGGACAUAUUUGUGUUAUUAUGGGUUAAGAACAUAAACUACAGUUCCCAGAAUGCAAUGUGCUCUAUCUACAUUACUUCUUCUACAUCCAAGACCUCUAUACUAGGCGAUGUCAGAGGAAGGCCCAGAAAAUUGACAAAGACUCCAGCCACCCAAGUCAUAGACUGUUCUCUCUGCUACUGCAUGGCAAGCAGUACCGGAGCUCCAAGUCUAGGUCCAAAAGGCUCCUUAACAGCUUCUACCUCCAAGCCAUAAGACUGCAGAACAAUUAAUCAAAUGGCUACCCAGGCUAUUUGCAUUGAUUUUACACUGCUGCUACUCGCUGUUUAUUAUCUAUGCAUAGUCACUUUACCCCUACAUACAUGUACAUAUUACCUCAAUUACCUCGACUAACCUGUACCCCCGCACAUUGACUCGGUACCGGUACCCCCUGUAUAUAGCCUCAUUAUUGUUAUUUUAUUGUGUUACUUUCUUUACUUUAGUUUAUUUAGUAAAUAUUUUCUUAACUCUUAUUUUCUUAAAACUGUGUUGUUGGUUAAGGGCUUGUAAGUAAGCAUUUCAAGGUAAGGUGUACACCAGUUGUAUUCGGCGCAUGUGACAAAUACAAUUUUAUUUUAUUUGAUUCUACAUACUGCUAUUACUAGUCAUACUAGACUUGAACAGGUUGAAUCACUUAACAGUGACUAGGGCCCUGAAAGUUCAAACUGUGUACAUUACGCUCAGCAUUAGUUUCAAGUUGUAUUAGUCGUAUGUACAGGAUACACAUGGUAUACACCGUCCAACUUAAAUGCUUACUUGCAGGUUCCUGCUCGACAAUGCAACAACAAUAAGAAAUAAUAAAAGAUAAGAAUACGAACAUAAAGUAAAUGGCUCAGUAGAAUAGAAUAGUGAAAGUAUAGCUCCCAAUGCUACCACUAUCGCAAGUUCUUAUUGAAAUAUUUUAUUAGAUCCAGCUUUAAUAAGGCCUCUUCAUGGCGUCCGUGUUCAUAAUAAUAACCAGUCAGCCCCAUCCUAUAGAGACCUAUUUCCUGUCAUCAGGAGGCUGAAUUUCCUCUCCAUGCUCGACUAAUAGAGGCAGCCAUCAAACAAGAGGCAGUGAUCAAAGGCCAGUACUGUAUAGACUCGUCUGCAGCCCCUACUAUCCCUCAACACGGGGGAAGGCCAGCCUCGGGGAUUCAGCAUUUCUAAUCAAAAGACUCCUGUGAAACGGAGCAGGGCACCAGAGUCUUCUCUCUGAGGUCGGGCUUUGCUGUACUGUACAUCGCUGGCUGCAGAUACUAAUGGGUGUUGCAGAGGCUCAAAGUAGAGUAACGUAUCAGGUUUAAAGCUAUUAAAUCAAGGCUUUUGUGAGGCAACACUUGAAAAUCAACACUUGAAAAUUAGUGGUCAGUUGUGAAUAAACGUAUUGCCUAGCUAUGAGAGUGAACAAGAAUUACACUAGUAUGUGGACACCACUUCAAAUUAGUGGAUUUGGCUAUUUCAGCCACACCCGUUGCUGACAGGUGUAUAAAAUCGAGCACACUUCCAUACAAUCUCCAUAGACAAACAUUGGCAGUAGGAUGGCCGUACUGAGGAGCUCAGUGACUUUCAACGUGGCACCAUCAUAGGAUGCCACCUUUCUAACAAGUCAGUUCGUCAAAUUUCUGCCCUGCUAGAGCUUCUCCGGUCAACUGUAAGUGCUGUUAUUGUGAAGUGGAAACAUCUAGGAGCAACAACGGCUCAACCGCGAAGUGGUAGGCCACACAAGCUAAAAAAAUCUAAUAAAGAAAUUGUCUGUCCUCGGUUGCAACACUCACUAUCGAGUUCCAAACUGCCUCUGGAAUAAACGUUAGCACAAGAACUGUUCGUCGGGAGCUUCAUGAAAUGGGUUUCCAUGGCCGAGCAGCCGCACAUAAGCCUAAGAUCACCAUGAACAAUGCCAAGCGUCGGCUGGAGUGGUGUAAAGCUUGCCGCCAUUGGACUCUGGAGCAGUGGAAACCCGUUCUCUGGAGUGAUGAAUCAUGCUUCACCAUCUGGCAGUCUGACGGAGGAAUCUGGGUUUGGCGGAUGCCAGGUGAACGCUACCUGCCCCAAAGCAUAGUGCCAACUGUAAAGUUUGGUGGAGGAGGAAUAAUGGUCUGGGGCUGUUUUUCAUGGUUUGGGCUCCUUAGUUCCAGUGAAGGGAAAUCUUAACGCUAUACAGCAUACAAUGACAUUCUAGACAAUUCUGUUGCUUCCAACUUUGUGGCAACAGUUUGGGGAAGGUCCUUUCCUGUUUCAGCAUGACAGUGCCCCUGUGCACAAAGCGAGGUCCAUACAGAAAUGGUUUGUCGAGAUCGGUGUGGAAGAACUUGACUGGCCUGCACAGAGCCCUGACCUCAACCCCAUCGAACACCUUUGGGAUGAAUUGGAACGCUGACUGCGAGCCAGGCCUAAUCGCCCAACAUCAGUGCCUGAUCUCACUAAUGCUCUUGUGGCUGAAUAGAAGCAAGUCCGCGGCAGGUAGCUUAGUGGUUAAGAGCGUUGUGCCAGUAACCGAAAGGUCGCUGGUUCUAAUCCCCGAGCCGACUAGGUGAAAGAUCUGUCGAUGUGCCCUUGAGCAAGGCACUUAACCCUAAUUGCUCAUGUAAGUCGCUCUGGAUAAGAGCGUCUGCUAAAUGACAAAAAAAAAAUAAAAAUAAAAGAAAUAGUCCCCGCAGCAAUGUUCCAACAUCUAGUGGAAAGCCUUCCCAGAAGAGUGGAGGCUGUUAUAGCAGCAAAGGGGGGACCAACUCCAUAUUAAUGCCCAUGAUUUUGGAAUGAGAUGUUUGACUUUUGGCCAUGUAGUGUAUGUUAGUUACAGCUAGGGAUUCAACACCAAUAUGUGUUCUAUUGGGAAGUGAGUGGUAGUAUUUGUCUGACAAUGGACUAUCUCCCUAAAAAUAUUUGCUGAGUGACAUGACUGAAUAACCCAACACCUUUGUUUGGAAUAACGCCAAACUUUUCCCCUUCCUUCCUCUCUCCUCCACAGUGCCAGUGGGCCCACAUCGGGGCAUCCCUCCACCCACGUACAGUGGCCCCAUUCCGGAUCCAAGGCGAGGCCUUCCUGGCUGUCCUGGCAGCCAACCUGCUGUACGCUGUGAUCCCCUCGCUCAUCGCCAUGCACUGCACCAGCAACACCAACUUCUUCUUGACCGUCACUAAACUGCCCGGGAUGGAGGGGAUGCCCUGGGUUCCUGAUGCCGACACUCUGGUUGAGAAAAAGCACAAU